AUGCCAGUUGCCAAUCAAUCGGCAAUCGACACGACUGAUAACAAAUUAUGGACGACUUUCGAAACAACACCCAUCAUGUCUACAUACUUGGUGUCUUAUGCCGUUUUGGAUUAUGGAUACAUCAGUCACGGGGACGAAAGAUUCAGAGUUUGGUCUCGCGAAGAUGAUCCUCGUGAUACAAAUUAUGCAUUGACUCAAGGGGAGUCGAUGUUAAAAUAUUUAGAAGAAUACACGACGAUUCCGUAUACUUUACCAAAAAUGGAUGAAAUUUCUAUACCGGACCCUUCCGUUACUACUUUUGAAAAAUGGGGCUUGAUUAUCGGCAGAGAAGAAGAAUUGCUAUACGACGACAGCGUAGAUACGACAGUUACAAAACAAACUGACACCCAAGUUAGUGCUGAUGUAAUGGCUCGUCAAUGGUUUGGAAAUCUUGUCACUGCAUCCUGGUGGAAGUAUUUUUGGCUGAAUGAAGGCUUCGGGGUUUAUUUUCAAUAUUACGUCACGGACCAGGUGGAAGACAAUUGGCGCUUUAUGGAACAAUUCGUAGUUCGUAUUUCACAGGGAAGAUCCUUUAUUGCUGAUUCUUCCGAAACCACUCGUCCCUUGAAUCAGGAUGUAUCAACUUAUGAAGAAAUUAAUGCACUUUACGAUUCAAUUACCUAUGGCAAAGCGGCUUCUGUGAUUCACAUGAUGUCCAAUUUCCUGACUCCCCAAGUCUUUCACGAUGGACUCAUCAGAUACUUAAAGAAUAAUGCCUAUAAGGCGGUCACGCCCGAUGACCUUUGGAGCGCCUCACAAGAGGUAUCUGACGAAUCUGAAAUUCUGCCCCCUGAGAUUUGCCUUAAAAAGGUGAUGGACACUUGGGUCGAGCAGCCUGGAUUUCCACUGAUCACUGUCACCAGGAAUUAUAAAACUGGAAAAGCUCAUAUCAGUCAGGAACGAUAUUUUCAAUCUGGUGCUAGUGGUGACGGUACCAGAUGGUGGGUUCCUAUCAGUUACACAACUCAGUCUGAUCUAGAUUUUUCAUCAACAUCGCCUUGCGAGUGGAUCCCUCAAGCGAAAAAUAAUAUAGUCCUAAGAGGAUUUGACUCAACUGAUUGGACUAUUUUCAACAUACAACAAUCAGGUUUCUACCGGGUCAACUAUGAUGAAACAAAUUGGAAAUUAAUAGCUAAUUAUUUGGACAGUGACGAUUAUGUAAACAUUCAUCCCGUCAAUCGUGCACAACUCAUGGAUGAUUCUUAUAACUUAGCUAUUGCCAAUCGUAUCAACUAUUCAACAUUUUUGGAUAUUUCGACUUAUAUUCGUCGUGAUGUCGAUUAUAUUCCCUGGUAUUCGCUGUUGGGCGCUGUUGAUGAUUUGUAUGCAAAACUAGCAAACACCAGAAGUUUCUCGUUAUUCAAGGUACACAUUUUACUGUGA